UCUCGGCUUCUGUAGUGUAUAUUCUCAAAUCACUUGUCUCUUUUUUGUUUCUGUUUAACAUACCAUUCUGACAGUUUGGCCAUAUUGCUGUGUUGAACAGCUUGUUGCACCUUCAAUUAAAGUGUUCACUUUUGUACACAUCUUCCUUUAUUCAUUCAGUUGUGGGGAAUGGUUAGUAAGGUUGACUCUGACCUAGGCUAUGUUGAGGUCACAUAUCUACUUUUUAAGUUCAUGCUAUAGUGCAUACAAUUUUAGAGAUAUAGCCUACAUGUGCAUAUGCAUUCUUCUUGGUGUUCUCACAAACAGGUGAAAUAAAUCAGUUUAAAUUUGGCCUAUGGACAUAGCCUGGCCUAUUCUCAGCCAUUACAAAAUCUGUUGUCUGACCAUAAUUUAACUGAUCUGUAUACCACUAUGCUACUAGAUAACAAAAUGCCUGUUUGUUUUAUUUCAUGUGAGAUGUUGAUAAAUGUGAGCUUCAACAAAAUGAUAAGAGCACCUCUCUGAGUGUCACGUUUACAUAAAAAAAAGGUGUGCGUGCACGAGCAUGGUCGCGCACAAAAGUGUCCCGGUUUCAGACUAGGGAAAUCUGGUCACCCUAAUUAGACUUAAAGUAGCCCUUCUAUUAACUACAGAUGAUUUUAGUCGCCUCCUGCUUCAGCUUUUUUAGUGAAGGCAUCACAGCUGACCUGCUUGGACUUCAAACUGUGUCUCCUCCUUUCCAGCAGAGGUCUCAAUCCCCUUGUUACUGAACUGGUCACCUCACCUCCUGUCUAGACAGACAGACAGACACACACACGCACAAACUCUUGUCUUCUACAUCUGAUGGGACAUGAUGCUACUGCAUAACCACUAAAACUACUCUUCAUCUGAAUCCUCCUGCUUCUUAAGUUUGGAGUCUUUCGCAUGUGCAGUUCAUUCGAUGUGAAAGAUUUUUUUCCUCCAAGUUUCACAAAAUGUUUGUAAUUUUUUUUCCACUGAUUUUUAGGAGUGUAAUUCAUUCACUCCAAGAGCUCAGCGUCUUCAGGAAUCAGCAGUGAGUCCAUGAGCUGUGUGUCCAUACACUAAUAUUCAAAAAUGGAGAGCUGUGAUCUGGACACAAAUAAUGUGACCCCACCCUCAGAAAAGUGUAAACUCCAGAGAAAGAGAUCAGACUCAUCAGAACCCAGCUGUGUCUCCAUGAAGAGUGAUCGGUCUAUGGGUCUUCCUUAUACGAACUUUAAAAAUGGAAACCCCUCAUCUGUGCACAGUAAACUCCAGAUGAAGAGAUCAGACUCACCAGAACCCAGCUGUGUCUCCAUGAAGAGUGAUGGGUCUAUGGAUCAUCCUUUGUACUUUAACAGUGGAAACCCCUCAUCUGUCCACAGUGAUUUACAGAAGGCAGGAGACAGAAUAAAAAAGCUCUUCAUCACAGAUACAGGCCUGUCACACAGACACGCCCCAGAAUCUGCUGCUGGAAAUGAAGUCCAGAAAAAGUUCAGAUUAAAUCUGAUGAAGAAGUUUCAGUGUUUAAAUGGAGUGAUAAUAAAGCAGGAAAACCGAGUGCUCCUGAAUGAGAUCUACACAGAGCUCUACAUCACAGAGGGAGACAGUGGAGACAUCAAUAAAGAACAUGAGGUGAGACAGAUCGAGGCAGUGUCCAAGAGAAAAACAACAGAGGAAACACCAAUCAAAUGCAACGACAUCUUUAAGCUCUUAUCUGAAGAAGAUGAACCCAUCAGAACUGUAGUGACAAAGGGAGUGGCUGGUAUUGGAAAAACAGUCUCUGUGCAGAAGUUCAUUGUGGACUGGGCUGAAGGGAAAGCAAAUCAGGACGUCCCCCUCAUAUUUCCACUUCCUUUCAGAGAGCUGAAUCUGAUGAAGGACCAAAAACUGAGUCUGAUGGAGCUCCUUCAUGUCUGUUUCAAGGAAACCAAAGAAACAGAAAUGUCCAGGUUGGAAAAGGUUCUGUUCAUUUUUGAUGGAUUGGACGAGUGUCGUUUCCCUCUGGAUUUCCAGAACACAGUGAGAGUGUGUGAUGUAACUGAAUCAGCAUCGGUGCAUGUGCUGCUGAUAAACCUGAUCAAAGGGAAUCUGCUUCCCUCUGCUCUCAUCUGGAUCACCUCCCGACCAGCAGCAGCUGAUCAAAUCCCCUCUGAGUAUGUCCACCGAGUCACAGAGGUACGAGGGUUCAAUGACCCUCAGAAGGAGGAGUACUUCAGGAAGAGGGUCAAUGAUCAGAGCCUGGCCGAGAACAUCAUCACACACCUGAAGUCAUUAAGAAGCCUCUACAUCAUGUGUCACAUCCCAGUCUUCUGCUGGAUUUCAGCUGCUGUUCUAGAGAGAAUGUUGGGUGAAGCAGAGAGUGGAGAGAUCCCCAAGACUCUGACUCAAAUGUACACACGCUUCCUCAACAUUCAGACAAACAUCAUCAGAGGAAAGUACUCAAAGAAGCAGGAGAGUGAUGAAGAAAUGCUUCUCAAACUGGGAAAACUGGCUUUUGAGCAGCUGGAGAAAGGCAACCUGAUCUUCUAUGAGGAAGACCUGAGAGCGUGUGGCAUUGAUGUGACAGAAGCAGCAGUGUACUCCGGUGUGUGUACGCAGAUCUUCAGAGAGGAGGUUGGGCUUCACCAGAGUAAAGUGUAUUGCUUUGUUCAUCUGAGUGUUCAGGAGCAUCUCGCAGCUCUGUAUGUGCAUCUGACCUUCAUGAAGGAAAAGAGAAAUGUUCUUGAUCAGAGUCGAUCCUUUAAGACAAUUUCAGAUGUACACAGGAGUGCUAUAGAUCAGACCUUAAAAAGUCAGACUGGACAUCUGGAUCUGUUCCUCCGCUUUCUUCUGGGUCUCUCACUGGAGUCCAAUCAGAAACUUUUACAUGCCUUAGUAACACAGACAGGAAGUAGCUCCCAGAGCAAAGAGGAAACAGUUCAGUACAUUAAGAUGAUGAUGAUGAUCAGUGAGAAUCUUUCUGCAGAAAAAUCCAUCAAUCUGUUCCACUGUCUGAAUGAACUGGGUGACAAUUCUCUCGUGAAGGAAAUCCAACGCUACCUGAAAUCUGGAAAACAAAGUGAACUCUCUCCUUCAAUCAAUCAAUCAAUCAAUCAAUCAAUCAAUCAAGUUUAUUUGUACAGCGCUUUUAACAAUAAACAUUGUCGCAAAGCAGCUUUACAGAAUUUGAACGACUUAAAACAUGAGCUAAUUUUAUCCCUAAUCUAUCCCCAAUGAGCAAGCCUGUGGCGACGGUGGCAAGGAAAAACUCCCUCAGACGACAUGAGGAAGAAACCUCGAGAGGAACCAGACUCAAAAGGGAACCCAUCCUCAUUUGGGCAACAACAGACAGCCUGACUAUAAUAUUAACAGUUUUAACAGGUAUAACCCUCAACUGUCCUCAUGGGGCCGUCCUUCACAGGAGUGGGGCGAUAAAACUCCGACCAGACACAGGGCACCAGGAUGGAUCAAGCAGGUCCGAGGGGCAGAAGAGGCCAGCAUCUCAAUCCCAGGAUCAACAUGUAACUCAGAGGGACCACCUUCACAGUGGUCUGCUCUGGCGUUUGUGUUACUGACUUCAGCACAGGAGCUGGAGGAGUUUGACCUGAGUAAAUAUACCAGUACAGAGAAGAUACCAGAUCGGGUUCUUGUGAGGGUGAUGCCUGUGAUUGCAGCAUCCAGAAAAGCAAUGUAAGUAAAGCUGAAUAUAACUGUUUGCAGAGCUCUCUUAGGUGUGGGUGGAGCACAGAGGACAGCAGGACAAAGCUUCAGGUAAGAAUAGGCUUUUAUUGCCAGACUUUUCAGUAUAACAACAGUUCUAUUCUGGUAAAUACACACACGCUGUGUUCUUGUCCCAGGAAGAGCUCUCCUCUGCUCUCCCUCUGCCUCCUUAAAUAGGGCGCGGUUACUGGGAAGACACACAAACACACAGGUUAAUUACCGUCAGGUGUAGUGAUUCUGCCACACACCUUCCCUGGCUCCGCCCUCCUGUCACAGACCAGCGCUUGACCACGCCCCCGCUGCCACAUACCCCACCGCCCGACUCAGGCCGGGCGGCCGUCCGGCCCGCAGCCGACCCCCCCCCCCCCCCCUUGACGGGAGAGGAAGUCUGCCACGACCAUCUGCGCCCCCGGCCUGUGGACCACCUUGAAAUUGAAGGGUUGGAGUGCCAGAUACCAACGAGUGAUCCGCGCGUUGGCAUCUUUCAUGCGGUGGAGCCACUGGAGGGGCGCGUGGUCCGAACAGAGGGUGAAAGGGCGCCCCAGCAGGUAGUAACGGAGGGCGAGGACCGCCCACUUGAUCACCAGGCAUUCUUUCUCAAUCGUGCUGUAGCGCCCCUCACGCACCGACAGCUUCCUGCUAAAGUACAGGAUGGGGCUGUCCUCCCCCUCCACCUCCUGGGACAACACCGCCCCCAGCCCUCUGUCCGACGCGUCGGUCUGCAACACAAAAGGGAGAGAAAAGUCAGGGGAGUGUAAUAGUGGCCCCCCACACAGUGCAGCCUUUACCUCAGAGAAAGCCCGCUGGCACUGCUCCGUCCACUGGACCGGAUCUGGCGCCCCCUUUUUAGUGAGGUCAGUCAGUGGGCUGGUGACGUCCGAAUAAUUAGGUAUAAACCUACGAUAGUAGCCAGCCAGCCCCAGGAACUGUCUCACCCCCUUUUUGGUCUUGGGCCUCGGGCAGGCCGCAAUCGCUGCUGUCUUAUUAAUUUGGGGACGCACCUGCCCGUUGCCCAAGUGGAAGCCCAGAUACCGUACUUCCACCCGCCCAAUCGCACACUUCUUCGGGUUGGCAGUGAGCCCCGCCCGCCUCAGCGACCUAAGGACGGCCCUCAGGUGUUGCAAGUGUUGCUGCCAGUCAUUACUAUAAAUGAUAACAUCAUCAAGAUAUGCGGCCGCAUAGGUGGCGUGGGGCCGGAGGACCCUGUCCAUCAGCUGCUGAAACGUAGCGGGCGCCCCAAACAGCCCAAAAGGAAGUGUGACAAAUUGGUGUAAGCUGAACGGUGUGGAAAAGGCCAUUUUCUCCCGGGAUAAUGGAGUCAAGGGGAUCUGCCAAUAUCCCUUCGUCAAAUCCAGUGUCGAGUAAAAGCGAGCCAUGCCUAGUCGAUCGAGCAGCUCGUCAAUACGAGGCAUUGGGUACGCGUCGAAUUUAGACACCGCGUUGACUUUUCUAUAGUCCACACAGAACUGGACCGACCCGUCGGCCUUGGGUACCAAGACCACCGGGCUGCUCCAGUCACUGUGGGACUCCUCGACGAUGCCCAUUUCGAGCAUGGUCUGAAGUUCUUCCCGAACCACCUUUUUUUUGUGUUCGGGUAGCCUGUAAGGGUGGCUACGCACUACCACCCCCGGGGGCGUCUCUGUGGUGUUCUAUGAGGUUAGUGCGACCGGGCAGGGGCGAGAACACAACCGAAAACUCGGCCUGCAACUGGGCGACCUCUGUGAGUUGGGUCGGGGAGAGGUGGUCACCACAGGGGACCGGAGAGGGACGUGAUGCCAAUGUCCCUUUUUGAACCUCCGGCCCCAGCUCCGCCUUCUCCGGAACUACCGACACCAAUGCCACGGGGACCUCCUCGUUCCAGAGUUUAAGCAGAUUGAGGUGGUAGAUCUGUAGCGCCCCCCCCCCCCGUCCGUUCGCCUCACCUCAUAGUCGAUGUCCCCGACUCGCCGUGUGACCUCAAAGGGUCCUUGCCACUUGGCGAUUAAUUUGGAGCUCGACGUGGGCAACAGUAUGAGUACCUUAUCUCCCGGAGUGAACUCUCUAAGGCGCGUGCCCUUGUUGUACAGGCGGGCUUGCCGUUCCUGGGCCUGCCGCAAAUUCUCUUGAGUUAGGUGGGUGAGCGUGUGGAGUUUUGCGCGCAGGUCCAUAACGUACUGAAUUUCAUUUUUACUCUGUGAAGGUCCCUCCUCCCAAUUUUCUCGCAGCACAUCUAAAAUGCCGCGCGGCUUACGCCCGUAUAACAGUUCAAAUGGGGAGAACCCCGUGGAGGCUUGGGGGACCUCUCGCACUGCAAAUAACAAGGGUUUGAGCCAUUUAUCCCUGUUACGUGCGUCCUCACUUACGAAUUUUUUGAUUAUAUUCUUGAGGGUGCGAUUGAACCGUUCAACUAAACUGUCCGUUUGUGGGUGAUAAAUGCUGGUACGGAUCGGCUUGAUACCUAAUAGCCCAUACAGUUCGCUCAGUGUUCGUGACAUAAACAGGGAUGUGAUUUUUCCGCGAAUUCGCGGAAUUCCGCUUUUUUCACCUCAUUAUCUCAUCUCAUUAUCUCUAGCCGCUUUAUCCUUCUACAGGGUUGCAGGCAAGCUGGAGCCUAUCCCAGCUGACUACGGGCGAAAGGUGGGGUACACCCUGGACAAGUCGCCAGGUCAUCACAGGGCUGACACAUAGACACAGACAACCAUUCACACUCACAUUCACACCUACGGUCAAUUUAGAGUCACCAGUUAACUUAACCUGCAUGUCUUUGGACUGGGGGAAACCGGAGCACCCGGAGGAAACCCACGCGGACACGGGGAGAACAUGCAAACUCCACACAGAAAGGCCCUCGCCGGCCCCGGGGCUCGAACCCAGGACCUUCUUGCUGUGAGGCGACAGCGCUAACCACUACACCACCGUGCCGCCCUUUUUUUCACCUCAAAACUUGAAAAUUUUUUUUUCUGAUUUUUCCCUCAUCCACAUUCGUAUCCUAUUCGUUCCGACUUUGUUUGAAAGAUGGCAGCCUCAGAUUUGCAUCUUUACGC